AGUAUUUUAUUAAUUCAAAUAUUUCAAAUAAUUAUUGAUGAUAUAUGUUGUUAAGUAAUUGAUAAUUAAUACAAAGAAAAUGUUCUGUUAACUUAGAUGUAUCGUUAACUUGAAGUUUAUUUUACUAGGAUAACUACAAAAGUUUUGAAUUAAUCACCAAACAAUUUUUGUAUAAAUUUUGAUUUAUUUUUCUAAAAGAACUGUUUAAUUUUUAAUAAAAUGGAUCACGUUGUAACUUGUAUUGCUCCUGUUAAUAUAGCUGUCAUUAAAUAUUGGGGAAAAAAAAAUGAAGAAUUAGUACUACCACUUAAUGACUCUCUCAGUUUAACUUUAGAUUGCGAACAAAUGCAUGCUAAAACAUCAGUUAUUGCAGGUCCAUUUUUUGAAAAUGAUAUGGUUUGGCUGAAUGGAGAGAUCAUGUCAGUUGAUGGAAAUACACGUCUUCAAAAAUGCUUUCAACUUGUCAGAGACUUAAUUAAAAAAAAAAAAGGAGUUAACUGUGCUGAAGCAAAAUGGAAAAUAAGAGUUUGUUCUGAGAAUAAUUUCCCAACUGCAGCAGGGCUUGCGUCAUCUGCAGCUGGUUAUGCGUGUUUAAUUUACACUUUAGCGACUGCGUUUCAGUUAACUGAUGAAGAUCUUCCUUCAAUAGCUAGGCAAGGUAGUGGUAGUGCGUGUAGAAGUUUAAAUGGGGGUUUUGUUCAUUGGAGAGCUGAUGUAGAUAAAUGUGAAUCUGAUUCAACUGUAGUCCAAAUUGCUUCUGACACACAUUGGCCAGAAAUGAUUGUUUUAAUACUUGUGGUGAAUGACUCUAAGAAAAAAACUAGUAGUACUAUAGGAAUGAAGCAGUCUGUGAAUACUAGUGAACUACUUAAGUAUAGAGUAAAUGAGUGUGUUCCCAAACGAACUGCACAAAUAAUUCAAGCUAUAAAAGAUAAACAUUUUUCAAAGUUUGCUGAAAUAACAAUGCGAGAUAGCAAUCAGUUUCAUGCUAUUUGUUUGGAUACAUAUCCUCCAUGUAUCUAUUUGAAUCAUAUUUCCCAUGAAAUAAUUAGCUUUAUACAUGACUAUAAUGAGGCAGUUGGACAAAUUAAAGUUGCUUAUACUUUUGAUGCUGGCCCAAAUGCUUUUGUAUUUCUAGAAAAAGAAAACUUAAGUUCAUUUCUAUCAGAAUUAAUUCAUGUGUUUCCUCCCAAUCAUUUUGACACAUAUUUACGAGGAAUAUCAAGUAUUCAAAUUAAUUCUAGAAUCAUGUUUAAUUUUACCCCUAAAGAGAAAGGGCUAUUGAAGUAUAUUAUGGUGACAAAAUUAGGAAAUGGACCAAAAUGUAUCAAUAGUCAUCUUUUGAACCAAGAUGGUAUUCCAUAUUAAAAAAGUGCUAAAAAAUAUAAAUUUUUUGUCAUAAAUAUUUUUAUAUUUAUAACUUGAGGUAAACUAAAUAAAAAAUAUUUGUCCUUUUUAUAUGAAAUGUGAAACAAUUUUUGUACUUAAAAUAAAAUAACUAUUAUAAAUUAUAUAAUUAUUUAUAAUAAUUUUGUAAUUGGUUUUUAGUAAUUAAACACUUUUUUUAAUACAUAAUUAUUUUAAUAUUAGGUGUAAUAAAUUAUUGAAAUUUAAUAAACGAGGAGUCAGGGUGUAUCCUAUAUUUUUUAAUUUAGAAAAUCACCCUACAAAUUGUUCAUAUUCAUGUAAAAACAAAACAAUAUAAUAUUGGUUUAAUUGGCAAUUUUAAGAUCAUUAGAUUUAGGGACAGAUAUUUCACAUAAAAAUUGUUUAUAAUUAAAUUUUCUAAAAAAAAGUGUUACUA